UCCGAUGAAAACACGUGCACGUGUUUAGUUUUAAACUUCAUGUAGUGGAUGACAGACGGUAUGUGAAAAAUUACACACCCAAAGGACCUGUAACCGCUAACUUUGCAUAAAGAUACAAUAUCUGUUAUGAAGCAAAAGCAAGAUUUGCUCUACAGCCUUGCAGACCUUUUCCUGGAUCCGCUGUAUACAAGGAAAAUAUGUCAAGUAUGCCGCACUGUCAUCCUGGACAUUGUGGCAAGGGCCAAAGAAAGAUCAGAGGACGAGGCUCCACAUCAUUAUGUGGAUCACAUAAACAGUAAAUUCUGUCAUGCCCUGAGCAUUGCUGUCACACUAUGUCCAGACUUGGAAAGUUACACUAUCAGCUACCUCAGACAAGGCGGUUUGUACCUGCCUGCACCACCUCAAACAAAAUGCAAGAUGAUGGCGGAGUCAGAGAAACAACAGGUUUGUGGGCUGUUGGAGAUGAUCUGGAGGUUUGUCCACGUGUUUGGGAAACAGAUGACAGAUGUAGUACCUAUGGAUACCCUGAUGUCCUAUCUCAGUCACUACCAAGACAAGGCUAGGGUAGUAUGGUUGUGUGCAGACAGUGUGUCCACCAUGUUGGGUAUGACAUCACACCAGAGAGAUGCCUUAGUGUGUUCUACACUACAGACCGACAAUGAAGGAACCCUAUCUACACUCAAACUACAACAUCUGAACUGGUGCCAAGACUGCGGACUGACUGACCAGCUGGAAGAUGAUCUAUCGGUUGAUUUACCAUUAGAGACAUCUCAGCAGAGUCUGACUGAGGUCAUCAUGGGACUUGACCAGGCUGACCUCCACCACAGUGUUGUUAUGGUAGCUGCCAUCCUCCUACCAAGGAUCAGCAUUUCAGAGGAAUCGCCCUGCGCGACAUCCUUGGUACCAGCAGAAUCCCUUGACAAUAACUUGCGGAGCCUUGCCCUGGCUGUGUCUGCUGGUAGUCCUGUCCUGUUACAGGGACCAGUCGGGAGUGGGAAGACGUCUCUGGUAGAACACCUUGCCAAAUUGACGGGACGGGUCAAAUCUCCGCAUCUGAUGAAGAUCCAGCUCGGUGAUCAGACCGAUAGUAAGGCCUUGCUGGGGACAUACCGCUGUACAGAUAUCCCUGGCGAGUUUGUGUGGCAGGCCGGUGUACUGACCCGCGCCGUGACAGAGGGACACUGGGUCCUUCUAGAGGACAUUGACUCUGCCCCUAUGGAUGUUAUAUCUGUCCUUCUGCCACUCCUAGAGAGACACACCCUGUCCGUCCCAGGGCAUGGUGAUAACAUCCCAGCUGCACCAGGCUUCCAGCUGUUUGCAACUCAGAGGUUGCUGGGCAGUGGCAGUGGUUGGCAUAGACAACACAGCAGUAGUUCAAUCCUAUUAGAGAAGAUGUGGACCAAGGUCAAUGUAGAACCACUGUCAAGGUCAGAGCUGGAGAAGGUGAUAAACACCCUGCACCCACACCUAAGCCCGGUCACAGAAAAGCUCCUAAAUAUAUACUUCAUGCUGUCUGCGGGAAAACAUGAGCUAGGAGCUGGGGACAGCCUCUCGGAUGAAGUGGGCAAGUUCUUGUCGCAUGAUGGCCGACUCAUUUCCACCAGAGACCUUAUGAACUGGUGUAGACGUAUCGCUCCAGACUUUAAUGUGUCGUCCACGACAACAGCCAAACACGUUCUACAGGAAGCUCUGGAUUGUUUCGCUGCAUGUCUCCCAAAACUGAACAAACGAGUGCUUGUAGCAGAGGCCAUCGGAGCUAAACUCAAUGUCACGAAGGUCAUGGCUGAGUAUUUUUGUUGCAAACACAAACCGGAAGUGAAACUUACCUCAACCUCUUUUACGUGUGGGCGCGUACAACUGGAGAAGAAAGCAGCAGAGAUUGGUUCUAUUAUGAGAACGCAACAGAGUACCUUUUCCUUUACGCGGCAGUCUUCAGCUUUACUGGAACAAGUGUCAGUGUGUGUGGGCAAGAACGAGCCUGUCCUUCUGGUAGGGGAAACAGGAACGGGUAAAACAUCUUCGGUACAAUUCCUGGCUGAACAACUCGGUCAUACACUCAAGGUGAUCAACAUGAACCAGCAGAGUGACAGUUCUGAUCUCCUGGGAGGAUUUAAGCCGGUGGAUAUGAAGCACGUCAUCAGACCUUUUAAGGAAGACUUCGAAAUUCUUUUCUGCUCAACAUUUUCCAGGAAAGAGAACAGCAAAUUUUUGAGUCACAUUCAGGAGUGCUUUGCAAAACAGAAGUGGGAAACAAUGCUGACACUGAUGGAACACACAAUGAAACCUGCCAUACAGCGAAGUCGAUCAGGAAAGGAGAAGAACAAAGACAGCCUUGACCAGUGGCUAGAAGUGAGGCGACACCUACAACAGCUCAAAGUACAGAUCAAACAGAAGGAAAAUGUUCUCGCCUUUUCCUUCAUUGAGGGUUCCUUGGUGCGAGCUGUGAAGACAGGAGACUGGGUUCUCCUGGACGAGAUCAAUCUCGCAGCAGCUGAAACCCUGGAGUGUCUGAGUGGACUUCUAGAAAGUAGCACUGGUUCUGUAAUCCUCACAGAGAGGGGGGAUGUUGAGCAAGUGGUUCGUCAUUCAGACUUUCGCCUAUUUGCGUGUAUGAACCCAGCCACUGAUGUGGGGAAGAAAGACCUCCCGACUGGAAUCCGUAACAGGUUCACAGAACUGUAUGUGGAUGAAGCAGAGGAAUCCCCGGAUCUGAAGAUAAUAGUUAGUGACUAUCUGAAAGGAUUAUCACUGUCUGGAGCACAAAUAGAUGGAAUCGUGAAGUUUUACUUGACAGUACGAGAGCAAGCAGCCAAACAUCUGACUGAUGGAACAGGUCAUAAACCACAUUUCAGUUUGAGAACGUUGUGCAGAGCUCUGAGAUAUUCUUCUCGGAACCCAUGUGGUCUUGUCCUGCGAUCUUUGUAUGAAGGGUUUUGUCUGAGUUUCCUGACGCAGCUUGACCGAGCCUCACACCCCCUGGUAGAGAAGUUAGUGUGUCGUCACAUCCUUGGAAAAACAAACAUAAACUCUAUCCUCAAGAAAGACAUUCCCAUGCCUGCUGAUGGGAAGUAUCAAUUUGUGGAGGGAUAUUGGAUAUCGGUUGGAGCAGUCAAACCAGUCAAUCAGGACAAGUACAUAUUGACACCCUCAGUGAGAGCCAACCUGAAGGAUUUGUCCCGAGUUGUAUCUGCAGGACAACAUCCUGUGCUGAUUCAGGGCGAAACUUCGGUUGGUAAAACGAGUCUUGUCACAUGGCUGGCCCAAACGACAGGCAAUAUGUGUGUCCGGGUCAACAACCAUGAACAUACAGACCUACAGGAGUACAUUGGCUCCUACUCUGCAGAUCAACAUGGCAAGCUCGUCUUUCAGGAAGGUGUGCUUGUGGAGGCUAUGAGGAAGGGACACUGGAUAAUACUGGAUGAGUUGAACCUGGCACCUACAGACGUCUUGGAGGCUCUCAACAGAUUACUUGAUGACAACCGAGAACUGUUCAUCGCAGAGACUCAAGACACUGUGAAGGCACACCCAAAGUUCAUGUUGUUUGCUACCCAGAAUCCUCCUGGCCAAUAUGGAGGUCGAAAGAUGCUGUCUCGUGCCUUUAGGAAUCGUUUUGUGGAGCUUCAUUUUGAUCAGAUCCCCAGUAAGGAGCUGGAGACAAUUCUUCAUCAGCGAUGUGACUUACCUAUGUCUUACGCCAAACGUCUAGUAACAACCAUGUUGGACUUGCAGACAAGGAGAAGAGGAUCCGGGGUGUUUGCCGGUAAACAAGGCUUCAUGACACUAAGAGAUCUGUUUAGAUGGGCCGAGAGGUACAAAUGUAGGAAUGUUGACAAUAAACACAAGAAGUUUUAUGACUGGGACCAGCACAUGGCUGACCAUGGUUACAUGUUGCUGGCUGGAAGGGUCAGACGACCCGAGGAAGUGACCUUGGUAUUAGAGGUCAUUCAGAAGCAUCUCAAACGUCCAGUAGACCCAGACAAGCUGUUCACCCUGGGGCCAGAUACCUCGCCUACAACUGUGAAGCUUUUACAGGAAGUGACGCAUCAAACGGUCUCGGAGUUUGGUCACAUUGUAUGGACCUACAAUAUGAGGAGACUGGCUGUUUUGAUUGGACAGUCCAUACAGUUUAAUGAGCCUGUUCUCUUGGUGGGGGAAACAGGGUGUGGGAAGACCACUGUCUGUCAGCUGUAUGCUGCUCUGAAGAAAUCCAAACUCCGCAACAUCAACUGUCAUCUCCACACAGAAAGUGCAGACUUCCUCGGAGGUUUACGACCCUGCAGGUCACAUGACCAAAACCAGGGAGAAGGUGGUGAAAGGAAGCUGUUUGAGUGGGUGGAUGGGCCACUGGUAAUUUCAAUGCGGGAGGGUUCUAUGUUUCUGGUGGAUGAGAUCUCCUUAGCAGAUGACUCUGUUCUGGAGAGGCUGAACAGUGUUUUGGAGCCAGAGAGAACUCUUCUCCUGGCAGAAAAGGGAGGUGGAAACAGUCACCAUGAUGAAGUGGACAGUGUGGUUGCUAAGAAGGGGUUCCAGAUUUUUGCAACAAUGAAUCCAGGAGGAGAUUUUGGGAAGAAGGAGUUAUCUCCUGCCCUGAGAAACAGGUUCACAGAGAUAUGGUGUGCCCAGACUGAACAAAGUCAGGACCUGGUAGACAUUGUAGAACACAAUCUAAAGAGUGGUAUACACCUGUGUAACCAGGAGGACGGUACCAGUGGCAUUGGGCGAGCAAUGAUGGACUUUAUACGCUGGUUCUCAAACAACGAUAUUGCUAAAAGGUGCACUGUGAGUAUACGAGACAUUCUGUCCUGGGUUCACUUCAUCAACACAUGCUCAAAGACACUGGACGAGGAAGGCAUGGAGACGGAUGACCAUAACUACAACAAGCUGGACCCUGCUCUGGCCUUCAUACACGGGGCAUGUCUUGUGUUUCUGGACGGGCUCGGCUCAGGAACCACGAGUCGAGGAAACGAUGCAGAUAUACGGUACGUACGCGACCUGGCUCUCAAGUUUCUUCUUAAGCUGGUCAAUCACAUGACCCACCAGGUAUACAGUCUAGCCACGCUAGGCCUUAUUGACUGCACCGGUCAGCCCAAGACGGAGUCUUUCUCCAGCCUGACCACCACUGGACACUCGGAACUGGACGAUGCUGUCCAGACAACAAACACCCAGUUCUGCAUACAUCCUUUUGCCAUCAGUCGAGGUAUGAAGAGGUAUGAGGAUGGCGACGGGUACGCCCUCAAGGCACCCACUACAUGUGUGAACGCCCAAAGGAUACUGCGAGCCCUUCAGCUGACCAGACCUCUGCUGCUAGAGGGGUCACCAGGAGUUGGCAAGACUAGCCUGGUCGCGGCGAUAGCCAAGGCAGCAGGUCAGGAACUCGUCAGAAUCAACCUGUCCGAACAAACGGAUGUGACCGACCUGUUUGGUGCUGACCUACCUGUGGAGGGACAGGAGGGGGGAGUAUUUGCCUGGAGGGAUGGUCCUCUCCUACAGGCUCUGAAGGCUGGUCAUUGGAUUGUACUAGAUGAGCUGAACCUAGCUUCCCAGUCGGUGUUGGAGGGUCUAAAUGCUUGUCUAGAUCACAGAGCUGAGGUGUAUGUACCAGAAUUAGGACAGACUUUCCACAUACAACAUGACAAGACAAGGUUGUUUGCCUGUCAGAACCCACUGAAUCAGGGAGGGGGCAGGAAGGGGCUUCCAAGAUCCUUCCUGAACAGGUUUACACAGGUGUAUGUUGAACCGCUGACAAUGGCCGACCUGACCUUCAUUUCCAGGACCAUGUACCCCAGUAUACCUCCAGACCUCCUCACUCACAUGGUCACGUUCAACAUGCAGAUCCAUCAGGAAAUCACAGUUGACAAGAGCUGGGGUCAGAAGGGCAGUCCCUGGGAGUUUAACUUGAGAGAUCUGUUCCGAUGGUGUGAUCUACUCUGUCACAGUCAGGCUGUAAGUGGAUUCAACCCUGGAGAGUAUGUGGGACUGCUCUACAGAGAGAGGCUGAGGACUCUACAGGACAAAGACAAGGUGAAGGACCUGUACGAGAAGACAUUUCCAGACAACUUAACGUUCUAUACACCCAGUAGAUAUGUAACCAUAUCCGACAGUGUAAUACAGGCAGGCCACUCCUUUCUACCCUGUGAAGAGUAUGUGUCAAGGGAGACAACUCGGUCCCUAUACCUCCUUCAUCACCUGUUAGAACCAAUGGAAGCAGUGAUGAAGUGUGUCCAGAUGAAUUGGAUGUCCAUUCUGGUUGGGCCACAGUCCUGCGGUAAGACCAGCCUAGUCCAGCUACUGUCCAGCUUGACCGGUCAUCACCUGCAUGUUCUGGCAAUGAACAGUGCCAUGGACACCACAGAGCUGCUGGGUGGAUUUGAACAGGCUGACAUACAGAACCAUGUAGAGAAACUUAUCUACCGAACCGAGUCUGUGGUCUCCAAUACCACCAUACUGCUGCUUCAAGGUCAACAGGUCGACAUGGCGGGGAAGCUGCAACAAUCCUGGAACAGCUUCAGGCAGCAUGAGGAUACAGAGUCUGGAACAAAACUGUCCAGUGUGGAGGAGCUACAAGCUGUCAAGGUCAGGGUCACUCGUCUGUCUGAGGUCAUCAGUACUAUACAACAGUCUCUUCAGACCCAGACAUCUGACAAAGGAGCUGAAUUUUUGAAGACUGUAACAGACCUGGAGUCAGAUUUGACAAAGAUGACCUCUAAGUUGGCCUUGACCUCUGUGGGGACAGGUGGUGGGGCGUUUGAGUGGAUUGACAGUGUGCUGGUGCAGGCUUUACAAGCUGGUCACUGGCUACUCGUUGACAAUGUCAACUUCUGCAGUGCCUCUGUCCUAGACAGACUGAACGCCCUGUUGGAGCCGCAUGGUGUCCUCACCAUCAAUGAAAGAGGAGUUAUCGAUGGUGCCAUCCCCACCAUCACACCACACCCAGACUUCAGACUGUUUUUGGCCAUGGAUCCAAAAUUCGGAGAAAUAUCAAGAGCCAUGAGGAACCGAGGAGUCGAAAUCUUUAUCCCAGGGGAGGAGGAUGGGUCACCAUACAGCCAACAUGACAUCAAGGUCAUGUUACAAGGUCAAGGUCUCUUGGAUGCCGGGGCUUGUGAUUGGUUGAUGGCUCUACACAGUGUCAUGAGAGAGAAUAUUUCCUUUGGGGAACGACCUGUCAUUCUUGAUCUAAUCCAUGCUGCCAUGGUGACGCAACAACAGAGAGACAGAGGCAUUGCAUUGGUCAAGGCGCUGAUGCAUGCAUCAUGUGACGUGUAUGUCAAGAAUAUCAGAGCAGUUGUCACAAGAAAGCUUGCUAGGCAGCUGUGGGAGGAUCACUGUCAUCUACUUGGUGAUGUGUCAUCUGAUGUAACAGGAGUUACCAUGGAGAUUACCAGCACAAAGGAUUUCCAUGAGGAUAAACAACUUUCCAAUGUUAAAAUACAUGGGGAUACUUUCCUGACCGUUCUGGAGAGGUGUAUACAUUUACUCAAGAAAAGAGAAUUUUCAGAACUUAGAUGUAGGAUGCAAAAUUUGUGGCAUGCUGGGAUACUGUUCUUAAAUUUAUCGUCAAGAUCACACAGACAGCUACAUUUUGAUUGGUUGAUCUCCACGAUUAAACGUGUGUGGCCUGACAAAAACAGGUGUGCAUUAAACAAAGAAGAGUUGUCUGCCCUUGAAGCCUUCGCUGAAAAUCUUUGUGAAAGCCUACAGCAUGUGAUGACUGGAGAGUUGGUGGUGCCACUAACCCAGUAUAACCAGGAUGAUCUCUUCUCCUGUAACAUAGCAGACCUGUUAGUCAAUGGUCCAGUGGAUGCGAGAUGGAAUCCUCAGGCUCUCCAGCAGUUUUUCCUGACUUGUCAACAGACAUCUAAUUAUAACAUCCAAUUCAACAGGUUCCACAUGAUGCAGGCAGCUGUCAUUAAACUCAACUCAGCUUCAGAUGAGGCUCUUCUUGAAAGACUGAGGGCUUUUACCAACAAAUCGGCCCUGGGUAGACGGGACCACACUGAACUCUGUGAUAUGUAUGUACUGUUAUCACAGAAGGAAGAACUGCUGAAGGGAAUUAACUCCCUCCAGCUGUGUGAUUACGCAGAUGUGGUCAAGGUACUGGAUGCUGUGACUUGGUGGUGUAGACUGCUGGAGGCGUGUGAUGGCUCUAUCAAAGGAGAGGAAAUAGAGUACCACUACAUGGCUCUACAUUGGUAUAUGUUCUACAAGAGGACGUGGCUCCUUCUCAAAGACAGUUUACCGCCCCACUUACAUUCAGUGGUGAACCAUCUACAUCCGUCCUUCGAACACAAUGACAAACAGUUUGUCCACUUCUGGAAAUCUAUCAGUCAUCCAGCUCCAUUUAAGACAAAGCAGGAAGCAGCAAUGACCUUGACCCUAGGUGACCUUUGUAGGGCAGUUGACCUUGAGGUUGAGAGUGUUGCCAUGGUUACCCGUAAGAAGGUAAAGCUACUCUUGUGUGAUGGCGGCCAAACCAUGGUAGUGAUGCUGAAGGCGAUGGCUGCUCUACACAGAGACACGGAGUGUAAUGAUGACAACUACCAUGUGAUGGUGAAACAGAUUCACGAUUCUCUGAAAAAGUUUGACUUGGACCAAAAGAAUGAUGACAAUAUGGCUACUGAUAUCAUCCAGUCACAGCCAGGGAAUGUUGGCCACACCAAAGCUACCUGGUCACCUUGGCAACAUGUGUGUUUGUGGCCGCUGUUUGAGUACACUAGUCUCGUGGCUGAGGCGGCAUUGUUGCCCAGGCUUUACAACGGCAAUGUCCCUGAGGGUUGCACCACUUUAACUGACUUCUGUAUGACCUUUACCCCGGUGUCCCCAGCACAAGUCACUCUUUACAACGAUCUCAGACACACUAAUCCCCAACAGCAGAGUCGGAUGAUUCUGUAUAAACAAUCAUUCAGGAAGACGUGGAACUGCACGGCCGUGAAACAUAUGGACUCCUGGCUUCACUGGAGUGAAGGAGAGGACGAGGACACAGCCAGUCAGCUCAAGGACAGCGUCUAUGGUCCUUAUGCAUUCCAUAUGGCCACGCCUACCUAUGCAGUGUGUACCUUUCUAUGUGGGGUUGGGGACGAGAAGAGGUCCCUGGGGUCUGCCCCGUCUGACCUCCAAUGUCUACAGGUGUCUCUAGGACAGUGUCAGGCCCAGGCCCAGAGACUUGCUCUUGUUGCUAAGCAUCUCUGGUCACAUGCAGCAUUGUUGUCAUGCCAACAGUAUUCUCCAAGGUGUUUAGAAAAACAGCACUUACUGGAGGUGUUUGUAUUCUUCCUGAAGUCUGUCAGCUCAGUUGUCUCCACUGACAAGGUGGAAAGCUACAACAGACUCUUCAGUGAUAUCCAGACCAUGAUGAUGGAGGUCAGAGGUCAAACUGUCAUAGAGGAGGUCAGAUGUGAGGUUGUCAUUGAGGGCUUGCUCAGAGACAGAAUAGAUUCGUGCCAAAGUUGUCUGACUGAGAGCUUACCUGAUCUGAAGUGUCAGAUAGAGAGAUGUUUCUGUAGUGUGUUUAAAGUGUUUGGAGCUGACCCAGUCAGUCUGGUGGAUGUAGGCACAGCCUGGCUCCACCUCGGCCUCCUCCACAGGGCGCUGCUGGUGCCAACUGUCAGUGUGGACCCUGUGGAGAAAGUGGCCGUAAAACUCAAGUACGCCAGACAAGAGUUGGAGGACAUACAGGCAGAGUUGAGUGUGUAUGGUCAGCAUCAUCUAUCAGCCACUGGUCAACCAGUGUCCAGUCUGCCUGACCACUUGUUACAUCCUCGCAUACCUCAUUUGGUCGCCAUGACAAAAUAUCUCCAGGAAAAGGUCACCAAACUGGAACUACAGCAGGCCUACAGGCCAAAACCCUCCAAGUUUAAGUUUCUUGUGAGUGACAUCAGAGACUACAUGUCAAGUGUUGGGAAUGAGGAUCACAUUCUCCAGCUCCUGGACAGACUUAAGUCUGUUGCCAAGACAACAGGGAAUGAGUUUGCUGAGGAGAGGAUGUGGCAGAAAACCCAAGAGUCCUUCCUUGACAACCUAGAUACCCGGUAUCCAGAGUAUCGGGACUUAGUCACCCCAUUUAGUCUCACUGUUGCACUGGUCAGGCAUGGUGUUCGCUUGGUGGCAGGAAGUGCUCAGCAGCAACAAGUCAGACAACAGCUGAUUGGUCAACAGUCCCAUGGGGAGCUGGAAGAGAAGCUAAUGAUGAUGGCCAAGUUUCCAACGAUAUCUAAAGCAUAUCCCAGUAACCUUGACCUUGUGAAGUCUUUAACCUCUGACCUGACAUCAAGCCUCCUUCUGACGGUGAUCCGGCGAAAAGACACGCAGGACAUUAAAUACCGACAAGAAAAACAACUCAUUUCCAGGUUACUUCAUGCCAGCCUUGACCUUGUAAAGUCCGACAGUCUAGCAAGGAGGGAGUUGACCUCAGAUAUGACCUUCACCUUGUCCUUGUUGUUCCAUCAGUUUGUAACAACUUGGCAAAGACAGGAGGAGGCAAAGAAAGAGCGUGAGAGGGAGGAAGAAAGUCUUUACCGGUACAAGUCCAAAGUUCAUGGCGAUGAUAGACACAUAGAUGUUAUUGAAGAGGAGGAAUUCAGGAGCAGCUUCCCAACAUUUGUUAAUGAAUUUGUGGACAUCACCGGCACAGACACGUUGGAUGAGUCUGAAGGCAUGGAGACUCAACAUGACACAGGAGGAGCUGAGCAGGAGGAGACAACUCUGGACAUGAUUACAGAGGAGGAGAUGUACCAUGUUUACCAAAGUCACCACCAGGUGUUCACAUCACUUUGUCGAGCCAAUUGGUUACCAAGGUUACCAGCUCCUCAGGUGGACAGCCAGGACCUGGUGGCCCCGUACCUGUCCACCUACUGUGUAGGGAGUGUCAUAGCUACCCUCACGUAUGACAUCCUGUCAAAUGAAGUAGACUCCCAAGUUAUUGGAGGACACCUGUUAGCAAGUCAACUGAUUCAGGAGCAGAUAACUCCAUCAGUUUCCUGCGGCAAAGAUCUCACACCAGUGACAGGGAAACCUACAUUUGACAUUUAUCACGACCCUAAUGUGGCAGAGGUUGUCCAGUGUCGACCAGUUCUGGAGCGACUGACCGCUCGUGUCCAGGAGCUACUUUCUGAAUGGCCUGACCAUCCUACACUCAGACAGCUAAUGAAAAUAGCAGACAGGAUCUUGACCUUCCCAGUGACCUGCUCUAUAAUGAAGUUCCUCACAGGCCUAGAACUACUGUUAGAGAAGGCACAGGAAUGGGAGAGCAAUGCUGCUAGACAUGUUUCCAUGGUUACACAGCUGGCAGACGUGUCGCUACUGAUCAUGCAGUGGAGGAAGCUAGAGCUCAGCUGUUGGAGUCAAUGUCUUGAGUCUGUCAGGAGAAAACACAAGUGCCACGCAAGCCGGUGGUGGUUUCAUCUAUACCAGUUGAUCCAAGCCUUUUUGCAACAAAGAUCACAGGUGGAAGAGGAUCAUGGUCCUGCUGGUCAAACUGAUGAGGGAGGAAGUAGCCAGGCAGAGAUUCUGAAAUCUUUCAAACAGUUCAUGGAGAGAGCCACUCUAGGGGACUACAGUUUAAGACUGGGCAUGCUCAAGGCCUUCCACUGUCAGCUGGUUGUCAUGGAGACGUCCCCUAAACAAGCCACCCUUCUGUCAUUCCUGUGGAAUCUGCAUCAGUUCUACGAUCAGUUCACUGACAUAAUACAGAAGGAACUAGACAGACUGAUGUCUCCCAUACUGAAGGAACUCAAGGGUUUUGUGAAGAUUGCACGCUGGACAGACAUGAAUUACUGGGCACUGAAGCAGACGACGGAGAAGACACAUCGUACAUUACACAAACAAAUGAAGUCCUUUAAGGCAAUAUUAGAGUUACCCAUCCAAGGUAUACUGAGGGAAGGUAAUGCCGAGGUGGACAGUGUGAGUCAGCCGUCGUCAUGGCUGAUGGACCUGUCACAUGCGGUGUCAAGUAUCAACUUCACAUCCACUGUGCAAAAGACAAUAGAUCUACCCGCCUUCAUGACGGAGGAGUUGUUCCCCUUGCAGUGUCGCCUGCUAUCAUUGUGUCAUAGAGCAGGCAAACAUCUGACAAAAUACACCACAAAUACUGGGUACACGGACCACAUCACAUCUAUGGACGAGGCGACAGGUGAAAUCAUUGAGACAAUACAUGAACUACAGUCCCUUGAAGUGAACCAGUCGGCAGAUAAAGACAAGCAGAAGUCAGAAGCCAAACAUAUCCAUCAGAAGAAGAGGAAAGCCCUGGCAGACCUGUUUAAACAUCUUGCAUUCACAGGUCUGUCCUACAGGAAAGGUCUGGUGCUGAUGAACAAGACUGAGAGCCAGAAUGAUGCUCUUCUGGUUCCACCUGUCAAUUUGACUGCCUUGGUACAACAAAACCCUGACAUUGAGUUAGGCAAUGUUUUGACCACUCUGGGAGAUGGCUGUAGUCAGUACUACAACAGCUGUAUAGCUAGGAAGGUUCGCUUUAUGGCAGCACUCCAGACACCCUCAAAUGAGUUGGGUGUAGGAAACAUUGAUCGAUGUAAAGGAUUUACAGAACACCUGUUUGACAUCUUGAUCCGUCAGUACCGAGGUCUGUCCAGCAUCAGUGAAGGUUUCAACAAGCUCAGUGAGAUGACCAGUGUGUUGGCUAGACUAGAAGAGGAUAUGAGUCGACCACAGCCUCCUGUUCAGCAGCUGACCGAUUGGACAGCACAGAUCAAGGCUCUAUUGGUGACAGUACUGGAGGGUAUGGUACAGUUCGAAGCCCUCCUGAACUGUUGCCCCUCCCCAGGAAAUGGACUCUCCCCUCACCCUUCACCCUUCCCCUCCUCCCAUCUGUCACUCAUGGCACUGGUAUGUCAUGGUGACCAGGUCUGGAGUGAGGCAUCUGACAAGGUCAAGAAAAUCCAAGCCAGCAUAAAGGAUGUUCAGAGUAAACUGCUGAAUGUGACAGAGGGCCGUUGGCUACUGACCUGGAGUGACCUUGACCUGAUCAGUAGCCUGAUGUGUGACCUGGAGGGAAUGGUGCCCAAUCUGGAGUCAGUAGAGGAAGGAUUUCGUGCUCCAGGCUGUUCUCACCAGUCUGCCUUCACUGAGACUCUGUCCUUCCUCAGACAACACAUCACUCACACGGCCUCACAGUUUCACGACUGGAGGAUAGAGGCCCUCAAUCAGACUACUGGGAUCCAGGUUACCAUGGAAACACGCUCAUCUAAGGAGUUUGGAACCAAGGUUGAAGUCAUGAUAACUAGUCUUCUUUUGGUCAUCCAGAAUCUCUCCAAGUUAUAUGUUCAACAAGAUGACAACCUAGAAGAAGGCAAAGAUGAAGAAUCCCAAGAAGGACACUUUGUAAAGUUACUGUGUGACAAAGUGGAGCAGGAGGGAGUCAUCCUCAGCUGUGACAAGAUCCAAGCUGAACUUCAAGUGUUACUGAACGAGCUGACUGUGCUGUGGGACACGGAGACUGGGCGUGCCUGUAGCGCCCCCUGUGGACAAAUGCUGGUUCGCUGUCUGCCCCUCAUUACCCACUUCCUGUCUGUAGUCCAGAAUAACUUCCUCCAACAGUUGGCUGUCACCAGGACAACAGGCAAACUACUCUCCACUCUGCUGGGAGUCUUCACAGAGCUGACAACAAAGGGUUUCUGUCUGCCAGCUGAGUUUGCAGAAGAGAUAGCUGGCGAAGGUGCUACAGACUUCGUAGAUAUAGAAGGAGGAGGAAUGGGGGAAGGGGAAGGAACCAAGGAUGUGAGUGACCAGAUAGAGACAGAAGACCAGUUGGAGGACACAAGACAACAAAAUGAGAAGAAAGAACCUCAGGACCACCCAGAUGUGGCCUCAGAGGAGAAUGCUAUUGAGAUGUCUGAGGACUUUGAUGCAAAUGCCCAGGAUCUGGAGGAUGUGGACAAGAAAAGUGAUGAUGGGGAAGACGAGGAUGAUGAUGAUGAAGACAAACUGGAUAAACAGAUGGGAGAAGUAGAUGAGCAAGACGCUGACAAAUUAGACGAGCAGAUGUGGGGUAGUGAUGACGACCAGGAGGAAGAUGAAAAUAGAAAGGACAAAGAGGAGGAGUCUGGGCCAGGGGCAGGACAGGAAGCAGAAAGCCAGCUGGUGGCAAAAGAUGAAAAUACUGAUAAAGAUGAUGGAGAGGACACAAAGGAUCAGGAAAAGAAGGAUGAGGAUCAGACAGAGGAAAACAAAGAUAUCCAGCCUCACCAGCAACAAGAGAUGGAUGAGUCUGAGUAUGAUGAUGAUCGUAUAGACCCUCACCAUGGUAACAAGGAACAAGAAGAACAACCAGAGGCAAUGGAUCUCCCCGAGGACCUCAAUCUGGACGAUAAUGAGGAGGAGGAGAAGGCCACUGAUGGACCAGAUGAUGAUACCUCAAAACCUGAAGAAGGAAAAGAGGAAAAUGAAGUUAAAGAGGAGAUAACUCCUGGAGAGGAGGAGGACAUGGAGGACAAGGAUAAACAAGAAAAUCCUGAUGAUGGUUCAGCAGAGGAUAAGGAGGAGAAAGAGGAAGAAGGGUUUGAGGAAUCUGAAACCCAAGAUAAAAAGGAUAUGACAGAGGGUCAACAGGACUCUUCCGAGGAGCAGAAGGACGAAGAGGGACAGGACGAUACUCCAGGAUUUUCUGCUCAGGAUGAUAAGACAGAGGAGAGAGAAGAGGAGGAGAUGGAAGAGAAUGAUCCGUCACCUAACGAGUAUCAGGGACAGUCAUCGCAUGGGGUGGACGACGUAGAACAGAGUGAGCAGGCCCAGAGUCAGGCCGGGGAAAGUCAGAACGACCAACAACAGACUGAUAAUGUUGGCACCACAUCUACAGAACAACUUGAAGGUCAUGAAGGUGAAAGUUCAUCAAAGGUCACUCAUGGAGCAGCCCAGCAGGACAACAAAAGGCCACUGAAGAGGAAGCCAGGCCAAUCAGAUUCAGAUCGCAGUCUUGGAUCCAGAGACAACAAAUAUAAGAAGCUAAAAACUGUUGAAGACACAGCACAGGAGGAGGAGGAUAAGGAGGAGCGAGAGACAGAAUCUGACCUCUACCAACACAUCAAGGACUCCAAGUCACAUGAUACACAGACUCUGGACACAGCUACAGAUGAUCAGCAGCAGCAGCAGGCACUGCCUAAUAUGGAGGAGGAGGAGGAGGAGGCCCCGCAACAGGAUGAGGAUGUGGAUAUGCAGGAGGAGGAGACCAAUCAGACAGAGGAAAAGGCUGCUACCAAGAUGUCUGCCAAGCUCACUGGUAAGAAGGAGGAGUCCUCAAAAGGAGUGGAUGAAGAGGCUGUCAUGGAAACAGAUGACAAUGUCAAGCAUGAAAUAGAUGGAGAGGUUGUUACGACAGCCAUGGUAGCUCGAGGACCUGACUCCACAAUCCACACUGCUGACCACCAGUUACACAUACCGACGCAAGAUUUUGACAUUGAAAAGCUACGAUCAGAACUUGAGGAACAGCUGGUCACCUGGUUUGAUGCCUGUUCUCUACAAAAUGAGAGUGUAGCAGCAGAGGCCUGGCAUAAAUACGAAGCAUUGACAACCAGUCUGUCACAGGAACUGUGUGAGCAGCUACGACUGGUACUGGAGCCAUCCCAGGCCACCAAACUCAAAGGUGACUACAGAACUGGAAAGAGGCUCAAUAUGAGGAAGGUUAUUCCUUACAUUGCCAGUCAGUUCCGCAAAGAUAAAAUCUGGCUUCGUCGUACCAAGCCAAGCAAACGACAGUACCAGAUCAUGUUGGCUAUCGACGAUUCCUCCAGCAUGGUGGACAACCACUCCAAGCAGCUUGCGUAUGAAUCACUAGCAUUGAUAGCCAAUGCCUUGACCUUGCUGGAAUCGGGAGAUCUAGGAAUUUGCAGUUUUGGAGAAAGCGUUCGUUUGCUGCAUCCUUUCACGGAACAGUUCACUACUCAGUCCGGAGCCCGACUUCUACAGCACUUCACGUUUGAGCAGAAGAAGACCAAGAUUGCUCAGCUUCUCAAGCAGAUGACCAGUCUGAUGGUGGAUGCACGGUCCAGACAGCAGGGGACCCUGAGUAAUCCCGACACCUCCCAACUACUACUGAUUGUUUCCGACGGACGAGGGUUGUUUGUAGAGGGCAUGGAGACCGUGAAGGCUGCUGUGAGACAGGCUAGAGAGGCCAGACUAUUCCUCGUCUUUGUUAUCAUCGACAACCCAGAAAACAAGGAUUCUAUAUUGGACAUUCGAGUACCCGUGUUCAAGGAACCCGGACAGAUGCCCGAGAUCAAGUCUUACAUGGACCACUUUCCUUUCCCGUUCUACAUCAUUCUGCGUGAUAUCAACUCCAUGCCUAGUGUUUUGUGUGACGCCCUCAGACAGUGGUUCGAGCUUGUUACUUCUGUAUAAUGCCUUCAGUAUUUAUACUUCUAGUGAUUGAACUUGUUACUUCCAUGUGAUGCCCUCAGACAGUGGUCCGAGAUUGUUACUUCUGCUAGAAAUCCUCAGUGGUAUGAGAAGGUACUUCCAUGCGACUCCCAUGUGAUACCUUCAGACAAUGACUCAAACUGGUGUUUUCAGCAAAUGAUCAUCAGACCUGGACACCCAAAAUAGACAAUAGGUAGCUAGUCAUAUCUAAGAAUUAGCCAAUCAGAUGAACGAUUUUAAGAUUAUUAUAAAUGCCUCACAAUCAGUUGAUGAUAUUGUAUGUUUAGGAAUGUGGCGCUUUACCUUGGUAAAUGACUUGUUGGAUAUAUUUAUAUUUUAUCACAUACCUGUUGAAUCUUGUUAUAGUAAUACAAGCAAUUUUCAGACCA